GUGCAUCGUGACCAUUGACUUGUUAGUACUUCCUUCUGCAGGAUUUAACAACUAAGACGCAAAAUAAUGUGGCAUAUUUCCCUUGUUGUUAUCCUUUUAGGAACAGCGAAGUUUGGUCUCGUAAGGACUACCUGUUUAGCUUCAGUUCCAACAAUUCACUACGUAACAUCCUGUCCCAGUAAUGAAAAGUCAUGGAAAGAAGCAGAGCUUAAAAAGAAUUGUGAAAGUUUAGCCAAUAUUCAGCAAUGUGUUAAAGAGCCUUCGAACUUUACGUACCAUUGUCUUGUGAAUCGCUAUUUGAAUGCAACAUUAGAGGUGUGUGCACCGAUCCGUUUUGUGUCAGGUUAUUGUGCCGAUUUCGAUACCAUACAAAAUAAAGUGACGGAAAACCAUAACAUUGAUUGCACAAAGCUUGAACCUGCAUGUCCCAAAAGAUAUGUAUCUACAGAUGUUUAUAAAUACCCAUCAUGCUACAAAUUAAAGGAGAAUAAUCAAAGCUUUGAAAAGACCACUCAUUCAUCUCAAAUCAGUAGGAAAGAAACUAACAACAACUAUGACGACCGAACUUUAUCUGUUGAUCACAGUAUCUUGCAAGAGUCUUCAACAUCAAUUUUUGUGUACAAGAAAAUGGAUACAAGAUCCACGAAUAAUGCUGUCAUUGCGAUGGGAGCUGUCUUACCUUUAUUUGUUGCCAUUAGUAUUUAUUUUGCUGUGAAAAAAAUUCGAAAGAUGUUCAAAACCCAUAAGAUGUCAAAGAAUCCACUACAUGAUGCAAAAGUGCAUAGAUAUGAUGAAGAGGAGAAUCUAGAGCUAUGUCCUAAAGGAAAUGCUGUUAGUGAGAAAUUGGAUGGAGAGGAAGACGAUGCCGCGUACAAUAAAGAAGGAAAGACAGAACAAUAUUAUAGACUUGUACCGAAAGACAGAAGUAACCUUAGGGAAGAUGGUGGUGAUCCUACCGAAAUGCUUGCUUCUUUGAACAAAGAUAUGACAGACCGAUUUUUUGAUAAUGCCAGGUCAGCAGACAGCUUCUACGAAGAAACAAAAGUAUACAAAAUAGUCGAAAAUUUAUUUAACACGAAAAAGGUAGUCAUAUUAACAGGACCUCCUGGAUUCGGAAAGACACAAACAGCAAUCCACUUGAUAAUGCCUUACAAGAAGAUGAAGUGGGAAAUACGUAAAGUAGAAAGUUACUUUGAGCUUAACUACAUUGACUGUACAAAAAAUACAAUUAUUUUUAUAGAUAACAUUUUCUGUGGUAAAUUGAAUGAAUAUGCAGAAUGGAUGAAUCCUCUUGAGAGACUUGACAGAAUUAUUAGAGGUAUGUGUAACAACUGCAGUAAAUCGGAGAACAACGGAGGAGCAAUAAGAGUAGUCAUUACUGCAAAAUCAGAUAUCAUUGAUGAGGCGUGUGAUUUAAUGAAGAAAAGGGGAAUAUUCAGGGAGGAUUAUAUCAUAAAUCUUUCAGAAGAACAAUACGAAUUGGAAAAUGAAGAGAAAAAGAGAAUACUGCGAAAACAAAUCGAAUAUGCAAAUCAAGAAAAGAAAAUUAAAUCUCCUGAUUUGACGGAUUCUUUCUGGGAAAAGGUCACAAAAGCUAGGGCACCUAUUGGAUUCCCUUUGUGUGCUCAUUUAUUUGCAUUUGAAGAGACAUACCACAGAAAAAGGGAAGAUUUCUUUUUGUGGCCGACGCAAGCUGUCCUGAAGAAAAUCGAAGAUGUAAUAGAAAAUGACAAAACUAAUAGAAAAAAAACUUUGCUCUUAUUUUUACUUCUUUUAAAAAUACACAAUAGAAACAAAGACCAGGAAUCAAAAUAUAAGCCAGAACUCGAGAGUGAAAAAAAGUGUGCCGAUUUUCUGAAGAAGAAAUGUGGGCUUCGAGAUUACUUUCAGCCUCUUAACUUUAAAGAUUUACAAUCCAUUGCUUCGGAAAUGUCUUUCGUACGUGAAACUGAUGAAAAAUCCUAUCAAUUUACUCACCAGAGUGUCUUUGAUGCUGUAGAGUGUUAUUUUUUCCGAACAUUCCCGUUUAAAUGCAUUGCGCUUCUCCCACUUGAGGUAAUAGAGCGACAAACAAAUGACAAAGAGGAUCUAACUUGGUUGAGAGAUGAUCACUUCAAAUAUCUGGUUCAACGAUUUAUUACUGAGGUGAAGAAUGGAAGGAUUUCGCGUAUCUGUGAAUGUGAUAUUUUGAAAAGGACAGAGUUUAUUCAUUUUUUUCUUGAGGCAGUUGCAUCCCUUGGUGACAAGGAUCUAGUUAAUUUUUUUGCUACGAAAAGUCAGACAUUUCCUAAGCUACCAAUCCUUUUCUGGCUGGGGCGCAGUGAAAAUACACAUCUUUUGGAAAAGCUCCUUUCAGUCAUCGAAAAGCGGGAAAAUAAAGAUAUCAAUUCCGAGGAUCAUAUUUAUUAUUCCUUAUACGGAGAAUGCACAAAAAGAGAUCCAACAUCAAUAGGUCGCUUAACGGAUAGUGAACCUAAUGAUACAUGUAUUAAAGAUAGGGUUCUGUCCUUCAAGGACAACACAGAUAACACUAUUCUCCAUAUUGUAGUAAAGUCUGCUAGAGAGGACGAUUUUGCUAGCUGCACUGUCAAAAAAUUAAUAAAUGACCGGGAAGAUAUUAUAAAUGCGUGUAACAGAUACCGGAUGACUCCAUUGAUGCUUGCUGUUACUUUGCCCUUCAGUCGACAACGUGUCAUCGAGGUAUUAGUGAAUAACAACUGUGCGGUCGACAGUAAAGACCGUAAUGAAAAUUCUGUCUUUCAUUGCUGUGUUGAUGCAGAUACAGAUGACUUCACUUGUGCGAGUAUUAUAAAUAUUGUUUUAGGAACCAAGGAAAGAGUGGAUUUAUCUAUGUGCAACACACAUGGCUUAACUGCUUUAAAUCUAGCUUGUGAAAACACCAAAUACAGUAGAAUUUUAAGCAUAUGUAAAUUACUCUACCAUGGCUAUAACGCCGAACAAAACGACAACAAAUAUAGAGAAAUAGCGCUGGUAGAUAAAUUAGAUAAUGAAGGGAAGAAUCCGAUUUUCAACGCCAUUUCAUGUUUAACAGGUGAAGAUGAAUUAGUUGAAAUAGAGCGCCUACUUCGAGUUUGUAUCUUGUUACUGUAUGGCGCUGAUCCAUACCUAAAAAGUGAUGACGCUGAUAGGUCUGCUUUUGAUUUGUGCAAGGAAAAAUGCUACGGAGACUUGGCGGCGAUCAUGAAAUCAAUACCAAAUAGCAAUAAAAAUGAUAUAAACGAACUGACCGAAUCUCGUAUGCUCGAAGCUCUAAACAAGGGGAUAAAGCGACUCUCAAAAAACCAUACCACUGGAGACCAAUUGAACAUCACCAUAAAAUUCCCCCCAAAGAUACCAGAUGAAAUGACGAAAUGUUUAGCUAGUGCUAUUCAGUAUAUGGCAAAGAAACCAUUGAUUAGAAGCUCAAAAAACGAAAACGAAACUUUGAACAAUUGAGAAAGCACAGAUUUUUAUUCUUUAUGUGGAUAAAAUAGUCAAAUGUAAUCAACUCCGUCUUGAAUCGACUCACCACUGGCAGUCUCUACAUAUUUUACCAGUCGGAGAACUGUCUACUCUGACGUUGCAAUACAAUGAUUGAAUAAUGCUGCUGAGAGUUUACAUAUUAUUUUUACCUUUACUACUACUACUUCUACUACUACUACUACUACUACUACUACUACUACUUCUACUACUACUACAACUACUACUUAUUCUACUACUACAACUACUACUGCUACUACUACUACCACUACUACUACUACUACUACUACUUCUACUACUACUACUACU